AUGGCUCUCGGACUUGUGCUCACGAUUUUAUUCUACCUCGGUCGUUUGCGCAGCUCUACCGCAGCUCCUCUCGGUCCCCGGACCAGCCGCGGACGGGAGGCUGCAGGAAACAGCACGCUCGGGUUCGGCACGAUUUUCUUCAUCAACAUGCCAACUCGGUACGACCGUCUCGAUGCCGCAUCGCUCCAGGCCUAUCUAUCCGGCAUAGACAUCACGGUGGCCGCAGGAGUAAGCCCGGACAUGGUCAACGACGUUGGCAUGCCACCCACGCACGCGCCGAGUGCGCUGUCUCAUGGGCAGAAAGGCUGCUGGAGAGCACACGCCAAUAUCUGGUCAAGGAUGCUCCGGGAAAACACGAGGGCCGCUCUCAUCGUAGAAGCCGACGCCAGUUGGGACGCGAAUCUCCGCGAAAUCAUGAUGAAUCUCAGCGGAAACCUGACACAGUUCCUGCGACACAUCGAGGCGCAGAGACUGCCAAAGCCGAAGCUGAGGAGCCGGCUGCACCACCAGCCCGCCGACGCUGACGCUGACGCUGCCUUGUACGCGGACAAGGACAAGGAGGACGACCCGUGGCACAGCGACUACUGGGACGUCCUCUCCCUCGGGCACUGCUCGGAAGAAACGCUCAACAGCAACAUCACGUGGAUCUACGACGACGCCCACGUGGCCCCGGGCAUGGAAUACUUCGGCCGGAGCCUGGGCAGGGAGAGGGUCAUCCGUAAAGCCGGCCACCAGGGAUGCACGACCGCGUACGCCGUCAGCCUUCACGGCGCGGCCAAGCUGCUGCUCAGAUCGGCCGCGGAUCUAGACCAGGCCGUGGACAUGGGCAUGUCGAGCCUCGUCCAGAGCGGCCAUCUCACCUCGUAUAGCGUGUACCCUCCCGUCCUCGCUCAAUGGGUCUACGUCGACGGUAUCGGCAUGGACCAGCGCGGGUCGAAUAGCGACAUGGGAGGCACGGCAGGGUUCUCGAUUGGCGCCGAUUCCGAUCCAAACGAGGUGGACUGGACCGAUGCGAGGAGGACCGGCAGCGUAUGGACGCCCAAGAAGUUCCCGUCCAAUGCGGCCUUUGAAGACAUGGCCCUGGAGAGCGCGUGGCGGCAGAUCUUUGGAGACGCUGACCCGUUUGCGGGAAUGACAGCUGCAUACACAUUCUGA